CCACGCCCCGAACCUUUUAAUGUCUGCAGUGGUGAGCGCGGCGGGGAUUUGGGAGGCAGGACCAGGGAGCGGGAGGCAGUGUGAGGCUGGGCUAAUCUGUGCUGCGAUCACACGACUUGUUGGGACAGACACACGAUCGUCUCCGUCAGUGCAGUGCGAGCAGCAGCCAGAGAGCAGCUCCUUGAGAGCGCCCAGAGGGAUUAGGGGCACCUACACUUUCUGAACGGAGCCUCCUAGCAGGGAGCUGGACUGGGAUCCAGUAAGUUCUCUUUGUGGACACAGUGGGAUCCAUUGAAUUGCUCUGGGUAAAAGUAGAUCUGGGAUCCAGGAAUCUCUAACCUUUGGGAUUAAAACCAACAGGCGACCUGGUUACCCCGUGUGUGUGUCAUUGCGUGGAUCAGGGGCGCGGAUAUGUCCCACUCGUGUCUGUUGAGGCGGACGAGAGGCGGCGAGCAAGAUGCCCCCCUGUGCUAGGGCUUUGGGGCUGCAUCUGGUCACCCCCCGCGGGAAACAACACGAGCCUGCGGGGGUGAACGCUCUGACUCCCGGCUGCCUGGGAUGCGAUCAACCGGGCGCUCUUCUUCUUCUUCUUACAUCUGGAUAGCGCCCAUGAAAAACAACUCAAGGACCUUCAAAGUUUUAUUGGAAUUUCAAUUCAUGUAUUUUGGUUGUUUGGUGAGAGGAUCCGAAUUGGGGAUUAUGCUGAAAGCAGAAGAGGAAAGAGAGCCCCAGUCAGACUGUUCAGCUGGAGGUUGAAGAAGAUGAGAUGAGAGAGCCCAUGUCUAACAAGACUACCCCAAAGUCUACCUGAAGUUCAAGGAGGACAAAUUCAAAACCCUUCUCAUUUUUACAGGACUUUUAAAAGGCUGUUUACUUUAAAAGAACAGAAAAAGGAGUGAUUAAUCAGAACAGCGCUUUGUAUGGAUGGGUGCCAUCCCGACUAACAAGACUUCAGCAGCCUCACCAAUGAUAGAAGACAUACCAGUAUGAAAGGAUUACACUACCUUUAGCUGCUAGGAUAUCGGUGAUUGCCAGAUGGCUGAACAAAAGCACGUUAAAUGCUGACAUUUGCACUUCAUUUUUUUCCCACUUCAUAUUUCUACAAAGGCCUUUUUUGUUUUGCAAACCAGAAAUGGGCCUUGGGACGGUAAUUUGGCCCAAAACUUGGGUAUCGUUUUUGAAGUCAUGGCUUGUGUUUUCAUUUGGACUCUCUAUACAUUUAUCCCAAUCUUUGGCAUGUCCAAGCGUGUGCCGAUGCGACCGGAACUUUGUCUACUGCAAUGAGCGGAGCUUGACCUCAGUGCCUCUUGGAAUACCGGAGGGUGUCACCGUGCUCUACCUCCAUAAUAACCAAAUUAAUAAUGCUGGAUUCCCAUUGGAACUGCACAAUGUCCAGUCAGUGGAAACGGUUUACCUGUAUGGCAACCAGCUAGAUGAGUUCCCUAUGAACCUUCCCAAAAAUGUCAGAGUGCUUCACCUCCAGGAGAACAACAUUCAGACCAUUUCAAGGGGAGCACUAGCACAGCUAACAAAACUGGAAGAACUGCACUUAGAUGAUAACUCUAUUUCAACAGUAGGGGUGGAGGAUGGUGCAUUUCGGGAAGCCAUUAGUUUAAAGAUGCUAUUCCUAUCCAAAAAUCACUUGAGUAGUGUGCCAGUAGGCCUUCCAUUAUGUUUGCAAGAAUUACGGUUGGAUGAAAAUCGCAUAGAUACAAUUUCAGAUCAAGCCUUCCAAAAUCUCACUAAUGUAGAACGUUUAAUUUUGGAUGGCAAUCUCCUCACUAAUAAAGGAAUUGCAGAUGGUACCUUUAGCCAUCUACCAAAACUUAAGGAAUUUUCAAUGGUACGUAACUCGCUCACUAGUCCUCCUACUGAUCUCAAGGGCACUUAUCUGGUAAAGCUAAACCUACAAGACAACCAAAUUAACAACAUAUCAGUGUCAGCCUUUGCCAAUCUGCACAAGCUUGAGAAAUUGGAUAUUUCCAACAAUCGCCUCAAGAUGUUGAGUAAAGGAGUUUUUGAUAACCUAACUAAUCUCAAGCAGCUAACUGCAAGAAAUAACCCUUGGUAUUGUGACUGCAGUAUUAAAUGGGUUACAGAGUGGCUUAAAUCUCUUCCAGCAGCUAUCAAUGUUCGUGCUUUCAUGUGCCAGGGACCAGAGCAUUUCCGGGGAAUGGCUGUUAGGGAACUGAAUGUGAAUCUUUUAUCCUGUCCAACAACCACUCCUGUUCUGCCACCAGUUACACCUGCCGCUCCAACGAUUGCACCAACCACACCACUAUCUACUGUCUUCAUCUUACCACCCACUGAAGCACCUACAGAACCAACACCCACCCCAUCAUUACCCCCAAUAUCGCCCACUUUACCUAACCGGGUAAUCAUUAUUGACAAGGUGACUCCCAUAAGUCACGAUCGUCUUCAAAUUGUCAUUUAUUAUGUCAAUGACACCUGCAUCGAUGUCAAGUGGAUUUCAUUUAUUUCAGUAAUAUCCUUCAAACUCACUUGGGUUAAAAUGGGACAUAGCCUGGUUGAGGGUAUUGUCCAUGAACGGAUAGUUAGCAGUGAAAGACAGCAUUUCAAUAUAGUGAAGCUGGAGCCUAAGUCCACAUAUAGGAUUUGCUUGGUUCCACUUGAUGCUUUUAAUAACUAUCAAGCAGGUGAAGAGACAGUGUGUGCAGAGGCAACCACAAAGGCUUCUCUUUUAAAUAAUGGCAGCAACAGCCCAUCCAGUCAUGAACAGACAACCCCUCAUGGCAUGGGCUCUCCAUUUCUGCUGGCAGGAUUGAUAGGGGGGGCUGUCAUUAUUGUACUUGUUGUUCUCCUGAGCAUCUUCUGUUGGCACAUGCACAAAAAGAGUCGCAAGACAUCUCAGAAGUGGAAAUAUAACCGUGGGCGACGGAAAGAUGACUAUUGUGAAGCAGGCACAAAGAAGGACAACUCCAUCCUGGAGAUGACGGAAACUAGCUUUCAGAUUGUCUCCUUAAACAAUGACCAGCUCCUUAAAGGAGGUUUUAAACUGCAGCCCAUUUAUGCCCCAAAUGGGGGUAUUAGUUACACAGAUUGUCACAUCCCCAAUAACUUGAGGUACUGCAACAACAGCAGUGUUCCAGACUUGGAGCACUGUCACACGUGAUAGAUACUGUAAUGCCUUGGACUCUGGGAGAUGCUAAGCAACAAUUAAAUACAGACCUUCCAAACCAGAACGAAGACACAAAGUUACAUUUGAUAUAUGAUAGGCAGAUGCGUUUAUGCAUCAGAAUACUACAUAAUUUAUACAAUGUACUAUAUAAUGGAAUUUAAAAAAAAAACAAACAAAAAAAGCGCUAUCUUUUCUAUUUCCAGUUCAUCGCAAACAGUUUUGUAACUCUUUGCUUUUUAAAUCUUUAAAAAUGCUGAAGUACUGUACAGGGUUCUACAAUAAUAACCCCUUUGCCAUGAUAA